ACAUCUGCAACAGCGAACUUGCUUGUUCAGGCAUGUAGCUGGGGGAGGGAAGACAGCACGUCUGGAGAUGAGGAAAUAAGGAGGAUGAUUUGUGGGCUGAGAACUUUUAAAAAUUAUACUCUUGGUUCCUUCUGUCUCAGCUUGGAUUUUCUUUCUUUUUUUUUUUUUUUUUUUUUUUUUUUUUUUUAAAUAUGGAUACAAUUUAUUUCUCGUGGGCUGUUUAAAAGCACUGUUAGAAUGGGGUAAGUGCUCAGUCAAAAUGAGCAGGCUGCUGCCCAGGGAUGGAACAGCUGGAGCUGGUCUCUGCAGCUUUCAAAGCUUGAGCUACCUGACUGCAGCACAAAUAAGUAACGGCCUCUGCAACUGAAGAUGUCUAACAAUGGAGUUGAAACAGAAGACAAACCGCCUGCUCCUCCGAUGAGAAAUACCAGCACUAUGAUUGGAUCAGGAAGCAAAGAUGCUGGGACUUUAAACCAUGGCUCAAAACCUUUGCCUCCCAAUCCAGAAGAAAAGAAAAGGAAGGACCGAUUUUACCGUUCUAUUUUACCAGGAGAUAAAACCAAUAAAAAGAAAGAGAAGGAGCGGCCGGAGAUCUCCCUCCCUUCAGACUUUGAACACACGAUUCAUGUGGGGUUUGAUGCAGUCACGGGAGAAUUCACAGGAAUGCCGGAGCAAUGGGCACGUUUACUGCAGACUUCCAACAUCACCAAGUCGGAGCAGAAGAAGAACCCCCAGGCAGUGCUGGAUGUGUUGGAGUUCUACAACUCCAAGAAGAUCUCCAACAGCCAGAAGUACAUGAGUUUCACAGAUAAAUCAACAGAGGAUUACAAUUCAUCUAAUACAUUGAAUGUGAAGGCUGUCUCUGAGACCCCUGCAGUGCCCUCAGUGUCUGAAGAUGAAGAUGAUGAAGAUGAUGCAGCUCCACCCCCUGUGAUAGCUCCACGACCUGAACACACAAAAUCUAUAUACACCCGCUCUGUGAUAGACCCUCUUCCUCCUCCUACCAGAGAUGUGGCCACCUCUCCUAUUUCUUCUCCCUCGGAAAACAGCACAACGGCACCUGAUAUGCUGGUCAGGAACACAGAGAAACAGAAGAAAAAGCCAAAAAUGUCAGAUGAAGAGAUCUUGGAAAAAUUAAGAAGUAUUGUGAGCGUGGGCGAUCCAAAAAAGAAGUACACGUGUUUUGAGAAGAUUGGACAAGGAGCCUCGGGUACAGUUUACACAGCAAUGGAUGUGGCUACAGGACAGGAGGUUGCAAUCAAACAGAUGAAUUUGCAGCAGCAGCCCAAAAAAGAACUGAUUAUUAAUGAAAUCCUUGUGAUGAGGGAAAACAAAAACCCCAACAUUGUCAACUACUUGGACAGUUACCUUGUAGGAGAAGAGCUCUGGGUGGUCAUGGAGUACUUGGCAGGAGGCUCCCUAACAGAUGUUGUGACAGAGACCUGCAUGGACGAAGGACAAAUCGCAGCUGUGUGCCGAGAGUGUCUCCAAGCUCUGGAAUUUCUCCAUUCAAACCAAGUUAUUCACAGAGACAUCAAGAGUGACAACAUCCUGCUGGGAAUGGAUGGCUCUGUCAAACUAACUGACUUCGGCUUCUGUGCCCAGAUCACUCCUGAGCAGAGCAAACGCAGCACCAUGGUGGGGACCCCGUACUGGAUGGCACCUGAAGUGGUGACGCGGAAAGCAUAUGGGCCCAAAGUGGAUAUCUGGUCGCUGGGGAUAAUGGCCAUCGAGAUGAUCGAAGGAGAGCCCCCCUACCUCAAUGAGAACCCCCUGAGAGCCCUGUAUCUCAUUGCUACUAACGGGACUCCAGAACUGCAAAAUCCAGAAAAGCUUUCGCCCAUAUUCCGAGACUUCUUAAAUCGCUGUCUUGAAAUGGACGUGGAAAAGAGAGGUUCUGCGAAAGAGCUGCUACAGCACCAGUUCCUGAAAAUUGCAAAGCCUCUAUCUAGUCUCACUCCUCUGAUUAUUGCAGCUAAAGAGGCAGCCAAGAACAACCAUUAAAAUGGUGGAGUCAACACAGUCAUCAUGUCAAGACCUUUAAAUUUUCACUUCACAGACUGAAUUACCUGUCCCUCUCCCCUUCUGCUCCUUCCUCACAGGGGUGUUCUUAAAACUUUGAUCUGCCCUGAAGGGUGGCAGAGGUAUUGUUCACUGAAUGUGGAAGGGCAUGCAACAGAGACAUUGCCGAUCUUACACAGCGAACUGUCUUUCCACCCUCUUGAUGGGGGUGAGAGGGGAAGAGUAUUUUGUAUGGUUGAGAAGAUCUUUCUGAGAACGUCUGAACCUGACCUACACGUAGCAAAGCCAGUUUGUUUUCAUAUUUCUUAACUGUGUUUAUUUUUUAAAAUAACAUGGAGCCUUAGACCAUGUUUAUCUUAAUAAAUUAAUUCUUUUGCUGGCUGGACUUUUCCUGCUUUUGGCAAGCUGCUAUUAGACCACUGAGGCUGCUCUAUGCUUUGGAUGACUUGAGGAGGGAAGGAAGCAGGCAGCAGAAAUGUGAACAGCUGUAACAACUGAAAGGGGAACAAGGGUGUGAAUACGCAUCCCUCCUACAGCACUGUUGGAUGCUUCGAGGGAGCAUGGAGAAGGCCUCUGUGUGCUUCCUGCAGCCAUUGGAGGACUUAAUUAAUGGAUGAUCUUUUUGCCAAAUUGUGUGAAUUGGGAGCCCCCCUCCUCCUUUAGUUUCAACUCAACUAGUUAAACAAAUAUCAAAUAUUUCUGAUGUCUAGAAGGUAAAUCACAGGAAAAAUUGACAGAGAGCUCUUUUAGGGUUAUUUUGUCAGCGCUGUGAAACUUCUUAGAGACCCUUGCCCUGUAUGAUAAAGCAAACAGAGCAAUUACUGUUAUAAAGAUAAGAUGUGCCUGCAAAAUGAUGUUGAAAAAUCUUGUUUCUUAGAGCAAGUCCAAUGGAAAACAACCUGAUCGUGGAUGCUGCUUUCUUGGAGACAUGGGGACUUUAAUUUUUUGAAAUGAUAGUGGUUUCGUUAUGCUACUGAUUCCUUUGGUUGCUAAUAGUCUGUAAAACAACACGAAACCUGGAACUGCUAGAGGGAUUGGUUUUAAACACUGGGCUUAUGUUCAACUGUAUACUGAUUUUUAAUAAAAUGACUGCUGCAUUUCUUAACUUGGGGCUGAGGGAGGAUUGGAGAAUUCACCGUCACCAGACAAGUCUGUUAGAUGGGAUUAUUGUUCAUAUUGUCACCAGGUGCUUGAAUGUGUUGGAUAAAGUGAUAUAACCUUGUCUCUUACCCCUUCUUCUGUAGCCCUUUGGGAUAGCAAGUGGUUCUUAAGGGAAUAACUUUGCACGUAGAGAAGAUCCAUAAAAGGUCUGUAUUAUGACUGGGGGAGCUGCUUUCUCUGUACUGCUUUGGUCAUUUAUGGGAUGAGUUUAAACCCAUUCUGGAGUAACCUCUCAUCUCUCUCCAAAGCACUUGUGUUGCAUAGAAACUCAUUCCGGCUUCUUGCUGAGACCUGCUGCUGGCUCAGCCUUUUCUUCCCUGCACCUGGGUUUUAAUUCAAAUACAUUUUUCCUAUUUGGUCCACAAUACAUGACAGCUCUUAGACUAGUGUUACCAGGUGUUGAUAGAGUUUGUGAGGUCUUUUGCUUCUGUGGUGCCUUCUCACAUCCUUUGUGCUCUGGGGUGGUCACUGACACAAAGCUGAAGUCUGAGGUCCAUUGCCAAAGUCUGCAGCCUCUCUCCCUUUGUGUUUAUACAAUUCAUCUCCCUGUAAUAUUAAGUUUUCUUUUGCAAAGCUUGUAUCGAAGGAUAAAUUCCUUGGGCAAAACAGUAAAGCUGCCAGCCUGGAGAGGGAUGUGAUCUAUGGAUGAGCUCAUCUGCUUGGGCUUAGGUGGAGAUUGCAGAAUGGAAGGCCACUACCCUUGAAUAAUUCCCUUCGAUAAGGACUUUGUUUAUAUUUCCUCUGGAAGACUCAAGUUGGCAUACAUGGGAAGAAAGGAAUUAGGGGCUAGAUCUCACUUGAUCUAAAAUCUCAUAUGGCUCUGGUCUUACAGGUUUGGCAAUUGACUUUUUGACAGCACAGGAUUAAAUCUGUUCCACAAAUGUUUCUCUGACUUCUCUUUAACUCCCUUCUCCACGCCAUCCUCUGCAUCCCAUUGAGAUGAGAACCUUAAUGCAGAUACGCCCUAUCUGCAAGCAUGCAUGUGAGCUUAUUUUUCUGCAGCAGGAUUUCUGCUAAAAUUCCCCAAAGAAGGUAGAAAAGGUUAUUUGUAUGUGUUUAAGUCACUCUUCUAGAUUCUCUAUUGCAUAAUGGAAAGGAAUCGACACAAAUGACUGUUUAUCCCUCGUCUUAUGCUGGUGGUGUGCUUCUGUCUCCUUGACUUCCACUUUGAAUCGGUCUUGCAUGUUUUCUGUUAGCUGCUUGAGAAGGGGUUUGCCAAAAGCCUUUUGUUCUCUGCUGGGAAGCUGCAAGACUGUGACUGUAGAUGUGUGUCAUCUUGUCCCAGGCUUUUUUUUUUCCCCACCUGUGAUGGGUGGGAAAAGGAGGCAACUGCUAUAGUGUGCCUGGACCUAGUUUCAAGUUACCAGGCACGUCAUGGUUUUAUGUUCUCAGAAAAUCUUAAAAAAUUUUGUAACUACCUUAAGCUUAGGAGAAUGGGAUUUUUGUUGUUGUUGUUGUUCUGAGAUACAUCCUUUUCUCCACUCUUCAUCUGUGCAUCGCCCGGCAUUAGCACCUGUGGUAGCUUUUGUGUAGCCAUUUACGGCACCUACCUGUUUAAAGAGAGCUCUUAAAUAGCGACUCUGUGACUUAAAAAUUAACCUCUGGGGCUUAUUUUUCUGAGAAUAUCUUGACUCUGCUGUGAUUUGAAAGCAACUCCAGUUAGAGAACUUCUUUGGUGGCUUUGCUUUUUUUUUUGAACAUACUCUGAUGAUGAACUGAUGUGCCUGAGUUGAAACCAUUUUUAAUCACAGCCCUUAAUUAUUUAUUUGCCUAUUAAUAUUAAAGUCUUUCUUCUAUAUCAGAACAUAAAGUAUUCAAUUAUUUGAGUAUCCUUUCAGAAAAUUGGCUUCCUUUUUGAGGGAUCUCAAGCAAUCCUAUACCAGAAAUUAUACCAUAUAUUAAUAUAAUAUAUGAUAUAGAGCUUACAAAGGGCUUGGUGGAGAGAGAGGCUAAAAUUCCUCUUCUUUUCCAAACCAGAAGAUUGUCUUAUUUUAGAAGCAACUAGUAGCUUUGACAAGACGCUUCCUAUAUUUCAAGACUGGGCAUUGAUUUGUAUUACUUUAGGUUUUCUUUAAACAAACAAUUGAUUUGGAGUUUGUGUGUGAGAGAGGUACACAGACCCCAUGUGCCUUGAAGAAGGCAAGUUUGUGAUGCUGAUAGUGAAGAUCCAGGGCAGGGAUGGAAGGGACGGCAAAACUUGCUAGUUUAGUGGCAGCAGCGAUAGCACACCUUUCACCAUCCCUAAAAUGUCUUAAUUGAAUGGACAUGUUUUUAAAGGACAUAAAUCUGGCUGAUGAGUCAUUACAGGCUCUCCUCUAGACCGACAUUAUGCUCCUACCAAACUGCAUUCCCCUUUUAAACAAAAGGGGUGCAUGGUUUUCUCCAGCAAGGAGGCUCCUUGAGAAAGGAGGUUUCCAUGGAGACACUUACUUGACUUAAACGAUCUGGUUAGGGCUUGAGAAGAGGCUUGGGGGGUAAAAACCACAUUGACAGAAAAGCCACUAUUUUGCAAAGCAACUGGGGUUGCUGCAGUGUUUUGUUUCCAACUUGAUGCCCCUUUUCAGGGGCCUGCUUUUGAAAAAGUGCCAAAAAUGUUGCCUGGUCAGAAAUGUGAAGUGUGUAAAAGGCAGUCGCUUCUUAGCCGAGAUCUCUGUUAGUAUCCUAAUCCAUCUGUCUCUCAAAAUGCCGCAGGUUGGUAUAAGUAGGGCACAUUUGCAGCAAAGUACUGUGCAAGAAUGGAUUGCAAUGGCCUGUAAGUAGGUACUUGCUUCCUUAAAACCUACCAUCCUUGGCUGACAGUAAAAUUGGUCCAGACCAGAGUCCAAGAAUAAUAUUUGUUUGAACCUCAUUCCUAAUUAAGAGCUUGUAUAAUCCAUUUGUACAGUGGAUGACAACAUCUUCAAUGUUAAAAUUGUUAAAGGUAAAGUCUGAUUCUCCAUCUUGCCACCAUAAAAUAACGAGACUUUUUAAUGGCUUCUUAUUUCAAAGUAAUGGCGAGCCUGUAGGUGUAUUUUGGGGUCAUGAGCCCAACUGGGUUAAGCGUAUGGAUAAUUAGCCACAAACGAUGAGAUCCUAGAGCAUUAAUGACAGCUCACAAUGUCAAAGAUGGUAUCUUAGAGAAGCAUCUGCCAAAUUUGACAGGGAAUAGCCAACAGUAACGAAACUGAAAUACAGAUGGGAGCAGGACAGAAACUCGCUGCCAAAAUGGAUGCCUGCAGAGAAGCAGUGGGAAGAGCUACAGAAGAAGAAUGGAGUUGGUCCAAGGGGUGCUGGGGUAGGAUGAAGCAAAGGUUAAAACUUAAAUUAUGCAAUUGCUGAGGAAAUUCAGGGAGUGCCACAGCAGCCUGCUGCAUCUCAAGGUAGCAAUGUCUCUGAAGGAGAAGAGCAGAAAGGAGCCUGGGAAAGGGAGAGGUUGCUGGAAGUGGAGAUGGGAGCAGCAAUAUGGCUUUGAGUCACAGCCCAUGCUAAGAGAGCUGGAGCUAAUCCAGGAGGUUUGCAAAAAUGACAAAAUUCAGCUGAAAAGGGAAAGUGGGAGCUAGAACGGAGGAGAUGGCCUUUAUGUGCCAAGGAACUGAAGAGAGGCCAGAUUUCAUGGGUAUGUGAAACGGCAAAAGCAAAUUUAAUGCAGGCUUCUGUGGAUGACAAGCAGCUUGUUCCCUGUUGCCUUGCAGCAUCAGUACAGUGUCUUUUUGCGAUCAGCACUGCUUUGGGAUCAUGUCAGCAGCCACUGGGCUUUGGUCUCGUGUUUGUAAAGAAGACUUUUUGCUCUGCACCUACUGAUUUCUGACUGCAGCUUUCAUCUGUUGGCAGAUGUCUUUGUGUCGUGUCUCACCUGGAAAUACAGGGGCUGUUGGCAUUUUAACAUCAGCUAGAUAAUGUGUUUCUCUUCAUAUUGCCAUGGCGUAACUCUCCUGUACUGCCGGGUUUGUUUAAUGUGCAAGGUCAGCUCAGCCAUUUUAAAAAUAAAACUGAAACCUUAAAUAAAACCUGAAUGAAUUA